CAUUAUGUCUUUCCAUCACAGCUAGAAGCUAAAAUCACUUAACCUGAAAAACUCUGCUGAACCACUGCCAAGAUGACAAUCAAGAUGAGGCUUUUCCUGUUAGCAUUGUCUGCCUGCUACAUUUCUGCUGUGUAUGCAGCUGGGUUGCCAUUCUCCAAUGACCCGAAAUGCAGAUGCAUAACACAAACAUCUGCUAAAAUCAACCCAAAGACCUUCGAUCGCAUUGAGAUGAUUCCCAGAGGAGCGCGCUGUGGCAAGGUGGAGAUAAUAGUCACCUUGAAAAACAAACACAUUGUCUGUGUGAACCCUGAAGCAAAAUGGAUCCAACAUGUUAUUAAGGGCCUUAUACAGAGAAGAAACACCAACGAGCAACUGGAGCAGCACUGAAGCAAAUACAAAAGCAUGAAGAGACAUCAUUUUGUUCCCUGAUACUGCAGAACAAUCUACUUCUUUUAAUGAUCCUCUAUUACAGACAGGACCAUUCAAAUAUUACUAUGUAAUAAUUAUAUGAAAAAUGGAUUUUAAUAUUUGUUUCAUGUGGGCAUUAUAUGUGAACAAAUUUAAUUUAAAAAAAAAAGUUGUAUUGGUUUUUGAGACCAUUUAAAUGACUGCUUUGUAAGAACAAAAAAAACUGAGUAAGAAAUCUUAUAAAUACUGUAAAUGACUGACCAUAAUGUACACACUUUUUUUAAAGUAAAUUGCUUUUGCACCAA